AAUGCAGUGAUCUCCGGCCAGCCUGGGAGGAGCGCGGGGAUCGCCGGCGGCCGCAAGCAGACGGCAAGCGCCUUUACAAUGGCUCUGACCCUGUUUGAUACAGAUGAAUAUAGACCUCCUGUUUGGAAAUCUUACUUGUACCAGCUGCAACAGGAAGCCCCUCAUCCUCGAAGGAUAACCUGUACUUGUGAGGUAGAAAACAGACCAAAGUAUUAUGGAAGAGAGUUCCAUGGCAUGAUCUCCAGAGAAGCAGCAGACCAGCUCUUGAGUGUGGCUGAGGGGAGCUACCUCAUUCGGGAGAGCCAGCGUCAGCCAGGAACCUAUACUUUGGCUUUAAGAUUUGGAAGUCAAACCAGAAACUUCAGGCUCUACUACGAUGGAAAGCACUUUGUUGGGGAGAAACGCUUUGAGUCCAUCCACGAUCUGGUGACUGAUGGAUUGAUUACUCUCUAUAUUGAAACCAAGGCAGCAGAAUACAUUGCCAAGAUGACGAUAAACCCAAUUUAUGAGCACAUAGGAUACACAACUUUAAACAGAGAGCCAGCAUACAAAAAACAUAUGCCAGUCCUGAAAGAGACACAUGAUGAGAAAGAUUCUACAGGCCAGGAUGGGGUAUCAGAGAAAAGGUUGACAUCACUUGUCAGAAGAGCAACUCUGAAAGAAAACGAGCAAAUUCCAAAAUAUGAAAAGGUUCACAAUUUCAAGGUCCAUACAUUUAGAGGGCCACACUGGUGUGAAUACUGUGCGAACUUCAUGUGGGGGCUCAUUGCUCAGGGAGUGAAAUGUGCAGAUUGUGGUUUGAAUGUUCAUAAGCAGUGUUCCAAGAUGGUCCCAAAUGACUGUAAGCCAGACUUGAAGCAUGUCAAAAAGGUGUACAGCUGUGACCUCACAACGCUCGUAAAAGCACAUAUCACUAAGCGGCCUAUGGUGGUGGACAUGUGCAUCAGAGAAAUUGAAUCCAGAGGUCUAAAUUCUGAAGGACUAUACCGAGUGUCAGGAUUCAGUGACCUGAUUGAAGACGUCAAGAUGGCUUUUGACAGAGAUGGUGAGAAAGCAGAUAUUUCUGUGAACAUGUAUGAAGAUAUCAACGUUAUCACUGGUGCGCUCAAACUGUACUUCAGGGAUUUGCCCAUCCCACUCAUCACAUAUGAUGCCUACCCUAAGUUCAUAGAGUCUGCUAAAAUUAUGGAUCCCGAUGAGCAAUUGGAAACCCUUCACGAAGCACUGAAACUACUGCCGCCUGCUCACUGCGAAACCCUCCGGUACCUCAUGGCGCAUCUGAAGAGAGUGACCCUUCAUGAAAAGGAGAAUCUUAUGAAUGCAGAGAACCUUGGAAUUGUUUUUGGACCAACUCUUAUGAGAUCCCCAGAACUAGACGCGAUGGCUGCGUUGAAUGAUAUACGAUACCAGAGACUGGUGGUGGAGCUGCUUAUCAAAAAUGAAGACAUUUUAUUUUAAAUUUUUAAUUCGAGGGGAAAAAAGAAAUGUUUUACAGAUGAAGGAAUGUUUUAUAGUAAUUUAAUUGGCUCUUAUAGCUGAAUUAUUUCUUGGUUAGAGGUUUGGGCAUAUAACCAGAUUAAAAUGAAGGAACUUUUUGUUGUUUUUGUAGUGCUGCUCAGCUGUCCUUGUAAAACAGUGAACACACGCUUUCCAGUUCUAGUAUCCUGGGUGUUUAUCAUGUUAAGAGAAACUCAAGCUAUUGCAUGAUUAGCCCCCUAUAUGGCAAGAGAACCCCAUUCAAAGAAAACAGCAAACCUGCACAGCCCCUUCGUCCUGGGUAGUCUGUGGUUGUAAGUCAGCAUGUUUCACAGAGUAAACCUGUUGUGACUUUGCUUUCGGGUUCUGUGUCAUUGGUCUCUGAUACUUAUUCAAACAUGCACCCACAAGUGGAUAAAACAGCACCUCUGGCCCUUGCAUUGCCAUAGACUAUAUCUUAUGCCUACUUUUCUCAAAUGGUUAUUUCUGGUUUCUUUAGUCCUUCUAUAACAGAGUACUUUCUUUGCAGCAAAAGCAAAAUGUGUUUUUGGAUUUGUUACUUUAAUAAGUUAUCAUACCAAUAAAAAAUGUACAACAGAGCAUUUGCUGUUAAAUUAUUAUUGGUUUUCAGUUGUGAUUUUGUAUUUUUAUCUGGCAUGCAUAUGUUAAUUUAUUAAAUUUGGCUUUUAGAAACCAAAAAUAUUUAUAGCUUAUUUUUUCCAGUUAUUGAGAGUGUUUGGGAAAAUGUGUUUGACCGUUCACUUAAUAUUGAGUACCCCCCUCACCUCUUUUGUUUACUAUUAGAAUUUUUGUGGUGAGUUCCUUAAAUAAUAAUUAUUACACUGCUUAGAGUUAGUAUACCAAUUCACGGGAAUUAUUUUUCUUCUUGUACUACUUUGGCAGAAAUUUAGAAUAUUCCCUGUGCCUUUUAAAGGGAGGGGAGGCAUUCCCUCUGGAACCAAUAGAAAAAGAAAAAAAGGCUAAUUAAAAAGAGAGACCUUCUCUAAGUAUUUAGUUUGACGAAAAUGUCUUUUGCCUCCUUACAAAUGAGUUGACAAAACUUCGAGAGAUGAGUACCCCCUGUGGAGAAGGAGAAGGGUGGUCAAAGCCAGAGCCAGGAACCCGGUUCUGGGCCUGGUACUGUCAUGAGCCAUCUGUGUGACUUUGAGCAAAUGACCCCCCAGAGUCUGCUGCUUUAUCUGUCACAUGAGCACCUUCCAGAGCUCAGGUUGUACCCUGCUUUACAAAUAGAAGAAUACAAGACACAUUUCAGUUUUUGCCGUCUCAGUCCUUUAUGCUUAUCUCAAAAAGGUAAGGGGAACUGAGAGAAGUGUGGACUUUUUUCCAUAUUUUUGCCUCUAGGGUAUAGUAGGAAGCUGAUGAUAUGCUUUAAUUAACGUUUACAUUCGUAAACAUUCGGGAGACAAUCAUAGCUGUCUUCUCAGCCACAGUCUCAGACCUAUGAAAAAUGUCAUUGAGCUAGGCAACAUUGGAUACACAGAUUGGUAAAGUACAGAGAAUGUACUUUACAAAAUUGUUUUAUAUAAGAGAAAUUUUGUUUAAAAUGGAGGCUUUUGACCCGUGAAAUACAUUUGUCAGAGAAUUCUGAUCAAAUCAAUCUGUCCCUGGGUCAGGUACAUCCUACGUGUUCAUGGCUGAAGUCUGUUCUGUACGAAGUUGUUUUAAAAGAGACAAACAGUUGUAAAGGAAUGUGCUUUACUAGAAUGUAAUCACUCUAUUUUUCCCCUAAAAGAAACAGACAUACAUGAUUGACUUCGGAGUAGGUACUUUACUAAAAUUAGACAUUUACCUGUAGCUGUGUAGCAAUGUCUGUGCAAAUACUGAGGCACACACCCCAAUCUGGUCAUAGUGGGUAUUAAGCAGAUGUUCAGGUAAGGUUUUGAGUGUGUCUUCAGACAAGGCUGUUGUUUAUCAGCACAGUGAAUAUGUGCACUCAGUACAUUUUUAACUAGCUGAAUGUGUGGUUCACACCCUUAGGACAUGCAGAUAGAAAUAACAGCUACAUCAUCUGUAAACACUCUGAGACAGUCGGGUGAUACUUCUUUGAAAUGAAGAAACAAUUCCCAGUUGCUCAGGGAGGCCCUUGCUCAAUAAUCUUUUGUAUAUACUGUAAUCUUUCUGUGGUCAGUGGGAGAUUUCUUAAACCGUGACCUUUUAUGAAGAGGCAGAGGUUUCUAUGUGUUACCACCACGGUCAGGGGUGGGAGGAGAGCCAAAUAAACCUCUCCAUGAUCACCCACAGGUUUGGCAGCACUGCAGAUUCCCUGCCUGAGUGUAAAGUGUCCAUGUCUUAGUAUUUUGUGUAUAGUUUUACAGAAAUUAUUGAGAAAUCAGAGAUUUUCCCUUUUCCACAUUGUUUGUUUUUAAUGCCAGUUAGUUAGGCCAGCUGCCCAGAGGAAGUGGUUCUUCAGUGAAUUUUAAAACAUGUCUGUAAGUGGAAGAAUGGAUAUUUAUUAGAAUGGUUUUGAUUACUUGAUGAGCUCAGAUGGAAGAUCUCUGAGUAAAUUGAGUUCAGAGUUCUAAUGCUAUUCAUUUUUAACAAAAUAUUUUAGAGUUUAUCUCCCCAAAGCUAAUAAGAUAUUAUUGGUAAAAUGCAGAAAUUAAAAAAAAAAAAAAAGCACACUGGAAAAUCAGGGUACCCAAAACUUCGCCCAACUGUGUAUUUUAGUCAUUGGAAAGUUAACCUCUUAUGGAAACAUUUAAGUGGCUUUAUAACUUGAUUUGCAAUAUAAAGAUUGUUAAUACUAAUAGAUAAUCACAUUUGUUAGUAUUAAGUGAAAGACAUUUCCUUUUAUCAGCUGAAGUAGUGAUCUUUGAAUUUAUCAGUAUCACGUGUCACACUUUCACUGAACAUAUGAUUGUGAGCCUUGAUGGCCUGCACUGCAGUGGAUUGUAGAAGGCAGAGAACAGUGCAGCCUUGUCAGGGUUCCGUACUAAGAGACCUAGUUCUGCCUUGCAGCCCCUGGUGCAUCUGCACUCCUCAUGACACAAAGAUUUCCUGUGUGCCCGGCACCAUGCUAGCCCUUCGUCUUAGUCAUCUAGUGCUGCUAUAACAGAAA